UGGUUUACUGGAAAGUUAAGAGACGGUGAAGAGGCCUGUACAUUUGGAGAUCGGAGAUGCAGGAAGCUAGAGAAGCCUUGACGGUGGGAGCGGAGCCCUCGCGGAUUCUGACGAAGCUGGAUGUUCUUCCCCACCGCGCCGGUUAUGAUGCCAGCUUCUACGAGGGCUUCGCUCUCCGAGGAGUCCGUGUCGACAGCAUCAGUCCAGGCCGCCUCUCCUGCUCCUUCAAAGUUCCUCCUCGCCUCACCGACAAGAAUGGGAACUUGUCGGUGGGGGCGAUCGCUAAUUUGGUGGAUGAGGUGGGAGGGGCUGCCAUGCAUGCUGACGGCCACCACAUGAAGGUCUCCGUCGACAUGUCCAUCUCCUUCCUCUCAAACGCCGAGCUUCAUCAGGAUGAAGUGGAAAUAACUGCUAGAGUCAUUGGACACAGAGGCAAAUACUAUACCGGAACACACGUGCUGCUGAGAAACAAAGCCAGCCGGGAAGUCAUCGCUGAGGGUCGACACUCUUUAUUUGGCAAUCUUAAAAGCAGGAUAUGAUCUCCCUGUUUUGCUCCACUUUCAUUAUAACCAGAUGCUUGCGUGGAAUAAGAUUAAAGUUCUCUUAUAUGAUUUUACGAGCUACUUAGUUAUAAAUUCAGGAAUGUUGAUGCCUGUUCGUUUCCUUGUAAUGUUUCAUGGAGCGUUAAAGCCCCAAAUCACCCACAAGAAACAGAUAAUUAUGUAAUGUUUGUCUGUGUUGGCUUCUCUUUACUUUUUGGUCUUUCUUAAUGCUGCUGAUUAGUGUGAUCUGCCUUGUGAACUCUUUGCUCUAUUGAAAUGGGUUUUUAUGUAGCUGCAGGA